GGCCGGCCUUACGAUUCGCCGACCUCCAAAAUUUCCGCUACAGCGACACCAAGUGAUCGCAACAACAGAGCCACCAACCUCACAGCGCCAAUUGACAAGCACAUAUUGGCCAUGGGCGGGCGACAAAUCAGACCCGCAAAGGUCUACCAGACCGUCAAAGAGGAGCUCAGCCACCGAGUCCUCGGAAGCUCAGCAUCAAACCCACCACCAUGGUUUAAUAUUAUGACCUCCGUGCCUCCCGCCGAGUCCCUCGUCCGAACCCUCUCUCCGCACCGAUGGGCAACCAACCCCAAAGCCAAGAAGCCCAAGAACCUCUUCCGCCCGCAACGCAUAGCCUACCUCGAGGACUCGCUACGGAACACAUUCUACAAAGAUCACCCUUGGGAGCUCGCCAGGCCUCGUAUCAUUCUUGAGUUGGACGGAAAGGAUUACCAGCGAUGCGAUUGGAGCAAGGGUCUGCAACAGCAGGGCAUCCCUCUGACGGGAGAAUGUGUCGUACAACGCCAGAUGUGGCUCAUGAACAACGAGAAGAUGACCAAGCGCAAGGCCUACGACGUGACCCGCCGCGAGUUCUACCGCAUCCGACAAGAGGAGGAGAUCGAGAAGCGUGUAGCCGUCGAGGAGGCUCGCCACGUGGGUGCCUACUUUGGCAAGACCCGUAUCGACGUCGCCCACCACCUGGAGGACCGCGAGUUUGAGAACUGGAAGGUCUGGGCCGGCAAGGAGACGGAGAAGCAAGAGGCGCUACGCAAUUCUGAAGUUGAGAGCUUUGGAGAGGAAGAAGACGUCGAGGUGGAGGUAGAAGCUGCGCCAGAGGCCGCUGUCGCGGAGGCGAAAGCAUGAGCUUGCAUUUUAGAGGGAAGAGGCCCUCAUGUACACACUCUGUAAAAACUACCUAUGUAACAGAACCCCCA